AUGCAGACCUCAUUCAGUGAGCCAAGGCUUUUGAUUCACUGGUCCACGACCACCAGGUGCUUUGGGAAACAUCCAAUCAUUGCUUUCUGUCACACUGACUAUCUCAUGAGAUUUGUUGACAUUGGUAUCCCCGCCAACAAGAAGGGAAAGCACAGCUUUGGUUGUCUUUUUCUGGCUUCUUGCUCGCAUGGUCCUAUAUAUCCGUGGAACCAUUCGUCCUGCACAGAAGUGGGAUGUCAUGGAAAGACGGAACCCGAGGAGGCUAAGCCAGAGGAUGAGGAAGAAGUUGCACCUCUGCUCCUGAGUAUGGAGGUGGAGACCACUGCUGCAAUCCCUGAUGCUGCAUGGCCAGGAGAAGCUCAGGCACCAAUCUCUGCUGCUCAUGUCGCUGGUUCAUGGAACGAUUCAAGCGGUGAGUCUUUUUUCAACAGAUAUAUCCUAUAA